UCGAUGGGGGUCCGCUCCACACAACCUUUGAGCGUUUGAUGAGGACAGGGUUCGCAUCUUUCUGUCUUUGGACCCUUCUAGAAAAAAAAGUCAUCACCGAUUCCGCGGCCAAAUGUGACUGACGGUUUAUGAAUUUGCUUGGCGGGCGGCCCCACACCCGCAGAGAUGUCUAUUUUUUCACGACCGAUUUCACAUCUCUACUCUAUGUAUGCCUCGGAGACGCGCCGCACUUACGAACGCCAGCCUGCAUCAAAUCACCCACAGGAACCCCCCCGCACUCGCCUUGGCAAGCCCAAAAAAGCCCCCCAUCCCUUCCGUUAUUCUCGGAGCAUUCCACGCGAACAUCCGCCAAGCCAAAAGCCCAAAACCGAACAUACAAAAAAAGGUCGCGGCGGCCCCCACCCCUGAUGAAUGAUGCACUCCACCGAAAAAGCCUCACAGACAAGGGCAUCCCUCGCUGUCCGCAAACAGCCCGGUGCGGAAUGAUGAUGUCACGGGUGUUUUGUGCCCCACCUCCGUCGCCGUGGCAACCACAAACGCGUCGGUUUUCAGCACACGCGUUUUUCUCACAUCUCGCAUUUGCAUGUCUCGCUCGGGGACACAGCGCCAUGAACAUGCCCAGGGACUUGGACGCUAUACUCUACAUACAUACAUAUAUCUGUACGUAUGCUGUCCUGUGGUACAACCCCGACGUUCAACUUCCCUCGGCAGGGUGGGGAAUAUCAUCCUAUUUCCUUCCCAUCUCCUUUGAUUACUACGUAGACGGUAUGCCUCUAGAUGAUCUGAAUGAUCUCUUCGCUGGUAGAGAUGGCACCCCCUGGAAAAAAGGCCCAAAAUGCAAAAGUGCACGGGUGUUUCACCUGUAGCGUUGGUUUCUCGCACGCUGCCAUUACGGUAAGGUAUAUAACUUAGCAAGUCCCAUCUAUCCAUUUGGGUGUCGUAUAUAUAUAUGUAAUACUGUUGGUUUGUGUCCAUCGGAUGCGUCAGGAUGCAGGAAACCUGGAUCUGUUUGAUGCAUCGUGCGUACACUCGAAGCGAAAGUAUUGUCGGGUUUGGAGACUCUGUGAGAAAAGAUCCGGGCGUGAAAGAGGAUGGGUGAGCCGACGCACUGCCCCAUUAAUCGCGAGAGGUCGAUGUGCUCGCUGAAUUUGAAAUAACCGCACGGCUCGGCCGGAUGGAGAAU